CCGAAAAGGAUGUAAAGCGCAAUUUGCUCCCUGCCGAAGAAAGGAAUGCACCUCUCUAGCCAGCAACUUCCGAUUCCUUCUUCUUCCUGUCCAGUUGUCCAUCUUGACAAUAAAUAAAAGAUCAUCAAUUUUCACCAGUAACACUAUGUUGUAUCUUCAUCCCAAACUUGUUGCUCUCCUCUGAUAAUACAAGCUUGAAGCAGCUAGCCACGCUUUCUGUUGUUCCCAAAAUGGAAGUGCUCAUGGAUGCGGCGUUCAGGAGAGCCGCGGAUGCCGCACACCCAGUGCUCGCGGCGGCGGAGAAAGGGGACGUGGCGAGCCUGAUAAAGCUCUUCGCCACAAGACCCAACGCCGUUAGCUCCACGACGAGGCUGGAGAAGAACACGGCGCUUCACAUCACGGCGUCGAAAGGCCACGCCUCGUUCGUCCAACAGUUCCUUCUCUGCAUGGACAAGAACGUGGCCUUCGCCUUCAGCGAGAACAACGACGGAGAUACGCCGCUCCACCUGGCGGCGAGGGCGGGCCAUCUGGAAGUGGUAGAGCUUCUGAUCAAAUACGCGGCGUGGGCAAUGGGGAUCGAUGCCGCCUUAGAGGUUCUCAACUCACCAACAUAUAUACAUUAUCCAUGCAUCCAUUAUGUUUGAGUUUCAGGGUCUUAAUUCUUAUGGAAUGGACAAGGAAAGCUUAAUUAUUAAUUACAAAGAAAAAACUAACAAUGGAAUGUU